AUGGCUCCCGCUAAGCGCAAGCGACCCGAUCAAUCCUUCGACGGCAACCGACCCUCGCCCCACCGACCUGCUGAUACCGCCAUGGGUCAACGCGGCCGAGAUGGCUAUGAUGGUGGUGGUGGAAGAGGUGGCCGUGGUGGCGGCAGGAACGGCAGGAGGAACGAUCGUCGCGACUCGACGCAGAACCAGGCUGGACUAGGCGCUCCCUACAACCAUCAACAGCAUGCCUCUUCCCCGACGACCUCUCGCCACCAGACGCCGCGAACAUCAGCCGCCGUCCCCCCGCCUGCUCCUCCUGUGGAACAGCCCCCUCCUGCCGCACCUGCGCCAGCACCAGCAGCAACUCUCCCGGCACCGAUUUCAUCCAACUACCCCUAUGAGAUUCUCACCGAUGACAAGAUUGCGUCCUGGGACAGCGGUUCGAGGCAAGCUCUCAUCGAACACGGCGUGCAGUCAAGGCAGGAUGUCGACAUCACCGAGCUGUCUAGCCUUUUCCAGGAAUUCGUGCAGUCAGUUGCCGAAUACCGCCUCAACCCUACCGAUGCUGGCGCCUGUGUCAAAGAGAUCCUGGGCCCGGAAACGAAGGAGGUUAUUAAAGAUUCUUACUCGUUCGAGCCACACACGCUCUUGCUGGACACGAUAACCAUCAUCAUGGACAACCAGCCCGACCUUUUUAUCCCAGAGUUUCGGGACUUCCUCAUUGCGACGGCCAUAUCGCCGACGCUCAUCCGCCAAGUGCUGGAUGCCCCUCUUCUUCAGAAACUCGGCCUUAUCCGGGAGGUUUUUGGCAAGAUGGCCAUUCGUCACUCUACCAACAUGCUUUACCGGCAGGCCAACUACAACCUGCUGAGAGAAGAGUCGGAAGGUUACUCAAAACUGGUGACCGAGCUAUUUUCAUGCGUUGAUGACUACGACACGCCCACGACGAGGGAGGCCGAGGCUGCUUUCGAGAAGAUCAAGGGGCUUAUUGGAACCUUUGAUCUCGAUGUCGGCAGAGUGCUUGACGUCGCUCUCGAUGUUCACGCCACAUCGCUAGUCAAAGCCAGCAAGUUCUUCGUCAAGCUCCUGCGCGUCAGUUCAUGGUGGCCUCGGAGCAACACGCCUUUUGACGCCAUCAUUCAGGGUGGUCUUCCCGACUGGGCUCUUCCUCUCCCCUCCGAACUGGAUGAGUCUGCUAUUGCCGAGGUGAGGCGUCAAAGAGACAUCGGGUUUUGGGAAAGAGCACGGGAAAAGCAGAUCCAGGCCUUUUUCGAACUUGGUGGCCGACGAGCCUCAGAGCAGGAUCUCGAGCGCGCGGCAGCCGACAAUGCUGGCGCCGCAACUGAAGGCGAGGCUGUGAGAUCGUGGAUCACGGCCACCCGCACGCUUCCUCCCCAAGGGAAUCGUGUCGCUGCACAGCUUUUGGGCUUUAAACUUCGAUUUUAUGCGUCCGAUUUCAGGGAAGGUCAAGCUCUCCCUGCGAACCUGCUUUACUUGGCCGCUCUGCUCAUCAAAAUUGGCUUCAUUUCUCUGAUCGACCUCUACGCACAUCUCUUCCAACGCGAAAGCCGCGGCGAGGCUAGCAAGAAUGCUCUUCUAACCGCUGGCGCACUCUCUGACGACACCCUACCCCCUCCAGCAGAAGGCGUUGACAAGAAGGAAGAGGAUGAGCCCCAUGAGCAAAAGGGAGCCCUGGUCAUCAGCCUUCUGACCAUCGGGGCCAUCCCCGAAGCUCUCUUCCUGAUCGGCCGCUGGCCCUGGUUGCUGCAAGGCUACCCCGACAUCAUAAGCCGAGUGAACCGGAUUUUGGAGUAUUCCAUCGACAAACUUUACCAAGAAACCCGACCCACCACAACAUCCUCCAUGGCGUGCCCCCCGAAGAAGGUGGCCGAUUCAGACCAGAGCGGCGUCGCGAAAGGUUCAGUCCGGCGAUCCGAAAUCCCCAUUCGAAAAUCUAUGCGAUGGCCAUGGCCAGAUGGCCGCCUCGGCGUCAGUGAUCAGCACUACAGGUUCUACUGGGACGAAUGGUCCGACAACGUUCCAGUCUGCCAAACAGUCGACGACGUAUUCACGCUUUCUUCGUCGCUUCUCAACAUUACAGGCGUCAACAUUGGCAAAAGCGAGCAGCUCCUUGUCAUGUUGGCGAGUAUUGGACAGAAGAGCCUGGCAGAGGAUCAGUCGAAACACAACCUAGACCGGUGGCAGGACCUCCUCCGCCGUAUCCUGGUCCCUGCUCUGAGCACGUCAAAGGGUGCUCCCGCAACAGCCAACCUUGUCUGGACUCUGCUGAAACAGUACCCUAUUGCUACCCGGUAUAGCAUCUACGCAGACUGGUUCGAGGGUGCCCCCAAUCGAGGCUCGGAAGUACGUCGAGCCGCCAUGGUCAAGGCCUUUGCCGACACGAAGUCUAGGGCACAGGGUGUCAUGAAGCGUAUCUCUAAGGACAAUGCUGUGGAGAUGGGAAGAGCCCUCGCAAAACUCACUCAUUCCUCUCCCGGCGUUGUUUUCAAGGUCGCACUCGAGCUAAUGAUGUCUUACGGCAAUCUGAGCGACGUCUUCGCGGAGUGUGUCCGCUUCUUCACCGACUUGACCAAGGACGUGAUGAUCUGGUCGCUGCUGUCUGCCCUCGGCAGCAAUCAGCGGAGUCGUACACAGGCAUCCUACAUCCUGUCCAUCAGCCCAUGGCUGCUGGAGCUGUCGAAGCUUACGGGCAAGCUCUUCAAGCGGUAUCGAGAGCUGGACGCGACACCCAUCCUUCGCUAUGUGCAUGACCAGCUGCUACAUGGAAACUCAACGGAUUUGAUCAUUCUCUCGGAGUUGGUCGAUGCAAUGGGCGGUAUCGUCAACACUGCCGAUAUCGGAUACGACGAGGUCAUCGCCAUGUCCGGCAUGGCCUUGCUUCAGCGACGAACAUUGAUCAGCCUUCAAGAUCGUCGCUUUGAACCAGCUGUCAUUGCGAGCUCGAAACGCCUGACGCAUGCUCUUGUUGACUCUCGUCUAGCUGGACGCCUGCUCGUUAACAUUGCCCAGUUCAGACAGUCUGCUACUUUCAGACUCUCGGACGAUGGCGCGCACGUCAAAUACCUUUCGUCACUCAUGGACAACAGUCACCAGAUCCUGGUUCAGUAUCUCGAUCUCUUGCGCGCGAACCUUGACCCUGCCGAAUUUGACCGACUCGUGCCCAGCAUCAGCCAACUCAUGGCGGAAUUCGGUCUCGACGCUAGCUUCGCCUUCGCCAUUGGCCGCGAGAGUCUUGCUGCUCACAUCUUUUCCAAACCAACAACAGCGCCAAAACAAAUAUCGCAAUCAGCGCCCGAUGCUGAAGGCGAUGUGUCCAUGGGCGACGACGCGACAGCGACUGAGUCUGCCCCGGACACCACGAAACCCGAGACACCCGCUCCGGAAGCGCCAGGGGAAGCUCAUGUUACCGCGGCCACUAGUUUUGAUGCACUGAAUCCCAUUGUCGAAUCCCUUCGCUCAACAACACCAGAAAGCGCCUGGAAAAAGAUCAGUGUUGAGUUCUUUGCCAUUUUCUGGGCCCUUCAGCUCGGCGAUCUUGGGGUUCCUUGGGCACCUUACCAUGCUCAGCAAGCUCGUCUGCAAGAACAGUACCGACAAGUCACGAAAGAUCGCAAGCUUUUGCAAGCCCAGAGGAGUGCAAAACAAAAGGAACUGAAGGACACCAUGGAUACUUUCAUCAAGGAAAGCACCCAACAGUCCGAGAGAGUCGCCAAGGCAAAGGUCCUCAUCACCAAGCGUAUGGACACCUGGUUCAUGGGUGAGCCGCUUAAAUCUAACGGUGUUUCUGAUGCCAUCCUCGAACAAUGUCUCCUUCCUCGCAUCAUUCUCUCCAAGAUCGAUUCCGAGUACUCCUUUGCCCUCAUCAAGUACAUCCAUGAACUCUCAUGCCCUAACUUCCGUCUCAUGGCGCUGUACGACCGCCUCUUCAAGGCCAACAGGCUGCGCGGCAUGCUCUUUACUUGCACUGUGCAGGAGGGCGUGUACCUCGGUCACUUCUUCCACCUCAUACUACGCGAGCUCAACAAAUGGCACAAGUCCAGCGCCGACUACGAAAAGGAGGCCAUUGGCAAGAGCAAGAGGUCCGGUGGCUACCUUGGGUUUGCGACUGCAUUCGAUGAAGAAGGUCACCCGACAUCCCAUCUUGACCACGCAGAGUUCCAGGACGUGCUAUAUGGGUGGCACAAGAACAUCAACUUGGCCCUCAAGGCCUGUCUUUCUGGUACCGAAUGGACUCACAUCCGCAACGCCAUUUCAUUCUUGACUGAGGCCCACGAGGACUUCCCCGCGGUCACGUUCAUGGGCACCCAGCUCCAGAACCAGCUGAAGACUAUUGUUGCACGCGAAAAGAAUCUCAGAGGCGAUCUGUGGCUUACUGCACAGCGCGUCCUGGGCAACAUGGCUAAGAUGGAAAAGACUUGGAUUGCACCGCAAGCCUUCCGGACAAACUUGUCCACGCAAAGCGCUGCUCAAGGUAAUGAGGACGAGCAAGCAUCCAGCUCAGGCGGUAAUCUCCGAGCCACUGCACCAGAGUUUCGACCCUCAGCCCAGAACGAAGACGGCGAAGUCCAGGAUGGCAAAGCUUCUUUUCCGCAGCGUUCGACAUCGACUCGAAGGGAUGCCAAAGGUACUCCUCAGUCCAAUCAGAGGGAUUCUCCCCGACUACCGGUUUCCACGCCGAGUGGCCCGAAGCCCAUGCAUGGCGCGUUGUCUCACAACCGGUCAUCUACACCGAACCCAUCGGAGACGCUGCCUCAUGCUCCGGGUUCAUCGAACAGGGAUCCAAGACAACCGAAUAUGCCAUCAAACCGAAACGCGUCCAGUCUUCCCCGCGGACCAGGUCUUCCACAGCGACCCCCUGGCCCUAUCCCAGAACACCAGCCGUUGAAUCGCUUUACACCAGCAGGACCUAACGAUCGCCGAGAUGUCAGGGACCAUAGAGACCCACGCGCGCCCAGAGACAACCGAGAUGCCCGCGAAUCCCGAGACCAACGCGACGCCAGAGAUUCCUGGGAGCCCAAGGGUGGAGACGUUUCUCGACAAGAAAGUAGCCGUGAAAGCUCAAGAAUUGAGCGCCGCGGCCCAGACGUAUCUACGAGAGAUAGUGGCCGGCUGUCCGAAGGCGAUCGACCCCCUCGCCGCGACCAUCUCCAGAGCGGUCGAGAAGCCGAAACACCAAAGGAGAGGUUGCCGCAGAGCACCAGCCAAGGCCCUGAUAUUGGCAGGCCUGGUCGUGAGGCUGGUACACCCGCCGGUGGCUCGACGGCAGCAAUCGAGCCGCCCAUCAAUCCUGCGCGUGCAGCUUUGUUUCAGAGCGACACCCCCUCCCGUACCGAGCGACCCGAUCGUGAACGAUCUCGAGCGCGGGACGGUGAACAACGAGGAGCGCAGCGUCAUCAAGGGUCGGGAGGGCCGGAGCACGAUCGUUCAGAAAACAUGAACGUUGAGCGUCCCGUCCUAUUCGGCGAUGGGCGACAGGAGCCAUUGCCCCGACAACCGCGCGAGGAUCCUCGUGAACGAGACCGUGCACCGCGAAAAGACUCGCCUGCACGAGGUGGUCGCGUCAACCCCGACCGACUUUCCUCAAAUCCCUUCAGAGACGCGGUCCGGGAUGAGCAGUUCGGCCGCCUUCCUCAUCCUACAGAUGCCCGGAACCCUAGGAACCCACGGGACUCCAGAGACCCCAGAGACCCUAGGGAUCACAGAACAGACGAUCCCAGAACUUCAUUCCAAAGAGGCCCCGAGAGGGACGGCGCAUUUGGUGGCUCAGACAGCAACCCCACGCGGGAGGCCUUCCUUUCCAGAGCCGAACGUGACAAUGGGCGGCCCAAGCAAGAUGACCAAUACGGGCGCCUCAACAGCAACUAUCCGAUUGCCUCAGUCGUUGAUGCCCCUUCAGGCCCUAGAGGGCGAGGCGCACGACCGAACCCGAGGAACAACUUCAACACACCGCCUCCACCGCCGCCCCGCGGUGAUGGUCGCCUUCCUCGUACCGGUAGCCCUGGCGCCUCUGCUGCUGAUGAUCGACACCCUCCGGCGGGACCGUCGUCAGGCCGAGGACAUCGCGGUCAGAAUGCCUCGGGUUCUACACCCAACUCGAACGCGGUGACGCCGUCAGAGGGACCAUGGCAGGGGCCUGUCGACACUCCGGUCCCCUCAUCUCGACCCUCGGACAGUGCCACAGUUGCUCCCGGCGUGCAUCCUGAUCGUCUGGCGCAGAUGGGUCCACCGCCAUCUGUGUCCGCUGGGGACGCUCAUUCACGUCAACCCACAAGCACCCCAGAUCGGCCGCUGACUUCGGGUCAAGGGUCCCAUCAAAUCCCUUCUGGGAACUUCAGCGGGCCGGCCCCCGAUUUUGCAACACCCACCGGGCCCGCCUCGGGAGGUGGCCGAAAGCAGGGUGGCAGAAGACAGCUAGAGGGUAUCAACAGCACACUGCAACAGGCUCAAGGCAGACCUGACCCUGUCAAGGGCACGACUAUCCGAGGCAGGAGCAGUCGGACUAAUCUGGCCAACUCUGAUGCUCAGAUUCUGGUCGGAGGGUCGCCGGCGUCGACGUCAGCCUACGAAGAGCACCAGGAUCCUCUUCAGUCGUCUGACAAGAGGCCCUAUGAGGGCGAAGAGCAUGGCCGGGGCGAGCACGAGCGCGGUCGUAGGGAGCGCGAUCGCUCUGAACGAUCUAGUCGACCAUCUAGGAGAAGCAGCCGAGAGCGUCAGCGUAGCCCUGGAGGCCACGAGCGGGAUAGUAAGGACAGUCGCUCACACCGGGACCGACGUUCGGGCGCUACAGGCCAUGGAUCGUCCUCUCGAGACGAGCAUGAGCCCAGACGUUCUACGCGUGAUCCGAGUGGCAGCAACCCCCGAGAGUCGCAGACAGGCGCGCUGCCUCCGAACAAUAGGGACGGCGCCAGCCGCGAUUCCCGUCAUCGAGGCGAUCGGGGUGACAUGGGACCAGGAGGUCUCGUAGCGGAGGAGUGGAACGGGAGUGCCUCGAGGCACCAACGGAGCGGACAGAGAGACUCUGUGCUCAGACCGCCGGACGAUCGACGCGACCCGCGGGACAACAGCAGGAAACGGAGAAGUGAGGAUGCGAACGGGUUCUCAGUGGAAAAGAGGCAGAGGCGUUAG